AUGGCGCGCGGCGCUCUCGUCCCUGCGCUGAUAUCUCUGCUCCUCGCCCUCUGUCUCCUCCGGGGCGAGGCCGGUCCUGCGCUGCCCGAAGCGCGAUGUGCCGUGGCCCCGCGGGACAGGACGGAGUGCGGCUAUCCAGGGAUCAGUAAGGCGGAAUGUCUCGCCAGAGGCUGCUGCUUCGACACCACAGUUCCGGAAGUCGUUUGGUGUUUCGACGCCCCGAGACCCGUGGCUUUGGAAAUCGAAGGUUAUCCUAAAGCAAGCGGAACGCAGCACCGGUGCUCUCAGACUAUCAAUAUAUCAUGGAGGUUCACAGUCAAGCAGAUCAAGCCCCAGGUCUUCUUCUUCUCCCCAGCUCGGUACAUGCCGUGCCACCGGCCAAACUAG